AUGGGAAACUGGAGCGCCGUGUCUGAGUUCACCCUGACUUCCUUCCCGGCUCUCCGGGAGCUUCAGAUACUCCUCUUCGUGAUUCUCUUGCUCACGUACACAGUCACAGCAACGGGAAACAUUAUCAUCAUCGCCUUAAUAUGGACUGACAAUCGCCUGCAAACCCCAAUGUACUUUUUUCUCAGUAAUUUGUCCUUUCUGGAUAUUUUAUACACCACUGUUGUUACCCCAAAGCUGUUAGCCUGCCUCCUCGGAGAGAAGAAGACCAUAUCUUUUGCUGGCUGCAUCACUCAAACAUACUUCUUUUUUUUCCUGGGGACAGUAGAGUUUAUCCUUCUGGCAGUGAUGUCCUUUGACCGCUAUGUGGCCAUCUGUCACCCUCUGCGCUACACCAUCAUCAUGAACAGCAAGACCUGCCUCCUGCAGGUACUGAGCUGCUGGGUGGGAGCCUUCUGGUCUGUGCUGGUACCAACCAUUGUAGUGACAAGGCUACCUUACUGUAGCAAAGAGAUUAAUCACUUUUUCUGUGAUAUUGCCCCUCUCCUACAAGUGGCUUGCAUAGAUACUCACCUCAUCGAGAAAAUAGACUUCCUUCUAUCCGCCCUUGUCAUUCUGAGCUCCCUGGCCUUCACUGCUGGAUCCUACGCCUACAUCAUUUCUACCAUCCUACACAUCCCCUCUGCCCAAGGCCGCCAGAAAGCCUUUUCUACCUGCGCUUCUCACAUCACUGUUGUCUCCAUCGCCUACGGGAGCAACAUCUUUGUGUAUGUGAGGCCCAAACAGAACUAUUCACUGCAUUUUGACAAGGUAGCUGCUGUCCUCAUUACAGUAGUGACCCCUCUUCUGAAUCCUUUUAUUUAUAGCUUGAGAAAUGAAAAGGUGAAACAGGUAUUGAGAGAGGCAACAAAUAAAAACAUUUUCUUGAUACUCAGGAAAACGUGA